CAUGUCGUGGUUCAGCGGCAUCCUGGUGCCCAAGGUGGAUGAGCGGAAGACGGCAUGGGGGGAGCGCAACGGCAAGAAGGGCCCCCGGCCCCGAGCCGGCCUCUGUGGCCCCCGCUACAUGAGCUGCCUGCAGGACCCUGAGAUGGAGCGGGGCGCGGGACCCCCCCGGGGGCUGCGCUGCUCUUGGCAGGAGGAUCAUUACGGCAAGAAGGGGCCCACGGGCGACCUGGGACUCAAAUCGGUGGACGCAAGCUUGGAGGACGGCGAGGCCAAGGCGCCGAAGGGAGCGGGGGGACAUGGGGGGCGGCCAUUGGCCGGCGAGUGCUGGCGGCGGCUGCUCCAGGUUUUCCGCUCCAAACGCUUCCAGUCGGCCAAACUGGAGCGGCUUUACCAGCGCUACUUCUUCCAGAUGAACCAGAGCAGCCUGACGGUGCUGAUGGGAGUGCUGGUGCUGGUUUGUGGGGUGAUGCUGCUCUUCCUCUGCCUGCCCGGUGCCCCGCACGUGCCGGCGGCCGCUGUGCUGGCCGGUGCUACGGCCCUGUUCCUGCUCCUCAUGGUGCUGUGCAGUCGCAGCGCCUUCCCCCAAGACUACAUGUGGGUGGUGAGCUACGUGGUGCUGGGGCUGCUGGCUGGGGUACAGGCGCUGGGGACGGUGGCCGUGGCUCCCCGAAGCGCGGCUGAGGGUGUUUGGUGGAGCGUCUUUUUCAUCUACAUCACCUACACGCUGCUGCCCGUGCGGAUGCGGGCGGCCGUGCUGGCCGGGGUCCUGCUCUCUGCCCUGCACCUCGCCAUCGCCUGGCACCGCAACGCUGCCGACCCCUUCCUCUGGAAGCAGCUCAGCGCCAAUGCCCUGAUCUUCCUCUGCACCAACGUGGUGGGGGUCUGCACCCACUACCCUGCCGAGGUGUCUCAGCGCCAGGCCUUCCAGGAGACUCGUGGCUACAUCCAGGCACGCCUGCACCUCCAGCGGGAGAACCGGCAGCAGGAGCGGCUGCUGCUCUCAGUGCUGCCGCAGCACGUGGCCAUGGAGAUGAAGGAGGACAUCAACACCAAGAAGGAGGACAUGAUGUUCCACAAGAUCUACAUCCAGAAGCAUGACAACGUCAGCAUCCUCUUCGCAGACAUCGAGGGCUUCACCAGCCUGGCCUCGCAGUGCACGGCCCAGGAGCUGGUGAUGACACUCAAUGAGCUCUUUGCCCGCUUUGACAAGCUGGCUGCGGAGAACCACUGCCUGCGCAUCAAGAUCCUGGGGGACUGCUACUACUGUGUGUCAGGGCUGCCAGAGGCGCGCGGGGACCACGCUCACUGCUGUGUGGAGAUGGGUGUUGACAUGAUCGAGGCCAUCUCGCUAGUGCGUGAGGUGACAGGGGUGAACGUGAACAUGCGCGUGGGCAUCCACAGCGGGCGCGUUCACUGCGGUGUCCUGGGGCUGCGCAAGUGGCAGUUCGAUGUCUGGUCCAAUGAUGUCACCCUUGCCAACCACAUGGAAGCGGGUGGCAAAGCCGGGCGCAUCCACAUCACGUGGGCAACGCUGCAGUACCUGAACGGGGACUAUGAGGUGGAGCCGGGCCACGGGGGCGAGCGCAACGCCUACCUCAAGGAGCACAACAUCGAGACCUUCCUCAUUGUGGGCUGCAGCCAGAAGCGCAAGGAGGAGAAAGCCAUCCUGGCCAAGCUGCAGCGCACUCGCGCUAACUCCACUGAGGGGCUGGUGCCACGCUGGGUGCCCGAGCGCUCCUUCUCCCGCACCAAGGACUCCAAGGCCUUCCGGCAGAUGGGCAUCGAUGACUCCAGCAAGGACAACCGUGGUGCCCAGGAGGCCCUCAACCCUGAGGACGAGGUGGAUGAGUUCCUGAGCCGGGCCAUCGAUGCCCGCAGCAUCGACCAGCUCCGCAAGGACCACGUCAAGAAGUUCCUGCUCACCUUCCAGACCCCUGAGCUGGAGAAGAAGUACUCCAAGAAGGUUGAUGACCGUUUUGGUGGCUAUGUGGCCUGUACCCUCCUCGUCUUCUGCUUCAUCUGCUGCCUCCAGAUCCUGGUGUUCCCCCACUCCUCGCUGAUGCUCGGGGUCUACGUCAGCAUCUUCAUCCUCCUUGCUGCCAUCCUCUUCAUCUGUGCCAUCUACUCCUGCGUCACUCUCUUCCCCACCGCCCUGCAGCAGCUCUCCCGCAGCAUCGUCCAGUCCCGCGCCCGCAGCACCGCCAUCGCCGUCUUCACCAUCCUCCUCGUCUUUAUUGCUGCCUUUGUCAACAUGUUCUCCUGCAGCCGCGUGGCCUUGCGGGACUGCGCCGCCCGUGAGCUCAACGUCACCCCCGGCUCCGUGGGGCCCUGCCAGCUCCGCGCCCUCAACUUCUCCCUGGGCACCCCCGUGGGCUCCUGCCACGGUGACGGGCUGGCCUGUGACUUCCCUGAGUACUUCAGCUACAGUGUAGUGCUGAGCCUGCUUGCCUGCUCCGUCUUCCUGCACAUCAGUAGUAUUGGGAAGUUGCUGCUCAUGGUGGCCAUUGAGGCCACGUUCCUGCUGCUGGUGGAAGGGCCUCACGCAGCCCUCUUUGACAACGCUGACCUGCUGGUCCUGGCCAACGCCCUGCCCUCUUCCUUCAACGUGACCCAGGGAGAGUGCCCGGCAGAGGGGAAGGUGGCCCUGCGCUACGUGACCCCCGUGGUCCUGGCCGUGUUCGCGCUCGCCCUGUACCUGCACGCGCAGCAGGUCGAGUCCACUGCCCGCCUCGACUUCCUCUGGAAGCUCCAGGCAACAGGUGAGAAGGAGGAGAUGGAGGAACUCCAGGCUUACAACCGGCGGCUGCUGCACAACAUCCUGCCCAAGGACGUGGCUGCGCAUUUUCUGGCGCGGGAGCGGCGCAACGAUGAGCUCUACUACCAGUCCUGUGAGUGUGUGGCCGUCAUGUUCGCCUCCAUCAGCAACUUCUCUGAGUUCUACGUGGAGCUGGAGGCCAACAACGAGGGUGUGGAGUGUCUGCGGCUGCUCAACGAGAUCAUCGCCGACUUUGAUGAGAUCAUCAGCGAGCAGAAGUACCGGCAGCUGGAGAAGAUCAAGACCAUUGGCAGCACCUACAUGGCAGCCUCAGGGCUCAACGCGGCCACCUACGACCGCGAGGGCCGGAGCCACAUCGCGGCGCUGGCCGACUACGCCAUGCACCUCAUGGAGCAGAUGAAGUACAUCAACGAGCACUCCUUCAACAACUUCCAGAUGAAGAUUGGCCUGAACAUGGGCCCAGUGGUCGCAGGGGUCAUUGGGGCUCGCAAGCCCCAAUACGACAUUUGGGGCAACACCGUCAACGUCUCGAGCCGCAUGGACAGCACCGGGGUCCCUGACCGCAUCCAGGUGACAACGGACCUGUACCAGGUGCUGGCGGCCAAGGGCUACGUGUUGGAGUGCCGGGGGCUGGUCAAGGUCAAGGGCAAGGGGGAGAUGACCACCUACUUCCUCAAUGCGGGCCCUGGGGGGAGUUAGGGGGGUCCCCGUGGUGUUCCCCCACACCAGGGACUCCCCCAGCCUGUGCCGAGCUCAGGCAAAAAAAAAAAAAAGGAAAAAUCCCCAAAUCCACAUAUUUAAAAAAAUAAAAAGGGAGAAAUGGACACAAGGGAGGUGGUUGGGGGGUGUGGGGAGGUAACCCUGUGCUCCCCCUCCGCAGGUGUUUUUAGGGGGUGUUUCCCAGCCCUGCACCGGGGUGGUUUUUUUUUAGGGGGGGGGGGGUCACGGUAACCCCCAUCCCUUUGCUGAAACCCCCCAUGUGCCAAAGAGGGGAGAUGGGGCCCCCCCAGGAAAGGGACUGCAGGGGGUUUUGGGGGGCGGGGGGGUGCCCAGCCCCCUCCAUGUGCCAAAUUGAAGUGCCGCCUGCGGGGGGUGGGGAGCGCAGGCCCAGCAUCUCCGCAGCCCCCUCACCCCCCGGGGGUCCCAGCUCCCUCCGGGGGGGCUGUGGCGGGGAGGGGAGGGGCAGACCCUCCCCUUUUAAAUGCAAAAAAAACCUAAUGAAGUGACU